AACUUUCCCAGAAUGCAACAUUGUUUUCGGCGCGAAACUCGAGUUCGUCUUCGAGAAUCUUUCUUUUGGUCGGUUUAAAAAGCCAAAGGUCAACCAGACAUCGCAUAAAUCAUCUCAAGAAUCACAGAAAGUACAAAUAAUCUUCGUAACGAAGAAGUUAAUUAUCUCAAGAAUCACAUCUUCUCACAUAAAUACUUAUAUUUUGUCUUUUAUAAUUGAAAGCAAAUGGCGGAGACGUCGCCGAAUUGGAAGAAACCUUCUGAAGUGAUGAGACGAAGGAAGAAACGGUUGCAGGAGAACCAGAAUUCUUCGCUGAGAAAAAGGUCGAAGCUGGAUGAUUUGUCGAACAGAAGCGACCAGGUUUCACCCUGUGCCAGUCUUUCUUCUUUCUAUCAACAUAAAAAUCCUUUCAGACGAAAUAGUUCCACUCCAGUUCGAACCAUUUCUUCGACGACCGAAGAAAUUCGACCGAAAACCAAUUCCAUUCGACUUUUCGACAUUUUGGACACUUCCGAGACAAAUAAUGUUAAAGAUUUCAGAAGCAAAACUACCAACCAUGGCAUUCACCAUUUACUUUCCAAAGAUCCCUGCAAAGCAAAAAGAAAUGAAGAUAGUGCCGAACAGGUGUCCGAUGUUCCAACCGUAACUAAAAAGGAAGAUUUUUGUCAAGAUUUACCUUUUGAUUGGAGUUUAAAACUGAAGAUGCGGUUUAUUUCUUCAUCUUUUGAUUGGUGCAAGAAUUUAAGGAGCUCAGAAGAAGCUGAAGGUGUGAACAAUUAUUUAGCAAGUCAACUUCCUGAAAUGAUGCCUUCUGCAAAUUUGAAGAUACUUCCAGAGACUUCCUGGCGAUCCCAUUUUCACAGAGAAACUUUGUAUUGGGUUCACCCAAAUCUUCCCUGGGUGAAAAUAUUCCCAAGAAUCACUCACGAAAAAUCUUCAAGCAGCAUCAAUCUUGGAGAUGAAGUAUACUCUUCACUGUUAUCUGACUGGUCAGAAAGUUUCCUAUCGGCAUUCAGUCAGUUAAGGUCAGGUUAUUGCCCUUAUCUAUACGUCUGUACGCACCAGUUCACUGUGCUCUUCAAAAGGAUGAAGACUUCGAAGAAUGACUCCACCCUCUCAGCAGUUCUUACUCCGACAACUCGAGGACUCCGGGAAGCUCUGAAAAAGGAAGGGAUUGAAUUCAAGAUGCCGUGUAAUCCAAAAGGCACUGAAAGGACCUCCCUGGAAUCUGAAGACUCCAAUAUCAGUGGGGGUCCAGUAUCUAGAAAUUCUAGCAUCGGUUCACAUAAUUCCUCAGCUGCUGAUGACGAUGGUGAUAUUGAUGGUGAAGUUGAUUUAUUUGAAGAGCAAGAGAACACAGUACCGAGUUCCAACCCUGAAGAGUUGAAACAGAAUUUCCAGCCAAAUGAAGAAAUAGAGGAGGAGGAGGAGGCGGAAGAAGAAGAUGGCUUCAUAGCAGACGAGGGUGCUGCUGUGUGGUUAGAAAGUAUUGGGCUUGAUAAGAAAAACUUCCCUUCAUUGAACCCAAACAUGGUCAGGCUUCGUCGUGAAGGUUUUAAACAGAUUGACUGCCGCCCUGAAUCGGUGCUAGUCCUAGACCAAGACGUUGACGUCCAAGCCCUGUUUAAUUUCCUCCUCAACUGGAGAGCCUGCAUCGCUGCUGUUGGUCCACAACAUGGCAUCCCGCCGACCAUUUUAUCGCCAAAUGCUUUCAAAGGGGCUGCCUUGAAAUCACUGAAGGUAAAACACAGCACAGCCUUACAGAAGGACCGACAGAAAGUCAGCGUGCUGGAGAUGGCUGGACCGAUCUUGCCAACACAUGUCCAAAGACUGGUCAAGUUGAUCCGCCAGACACAAGACCAAAGCUUCACCUUAUCCCUUCACACUCAUGAACCAACGUUAGCGCUUAACGUUCCAACGACGCAUGCCUCCUCGAAUCCGCUUCCUAGCAAAAGCCUAAAUAACAAAGUCGGUUCUGCUUUUUCUUCUACUUCUCUCGUUUCAGCAUUUAAACAUUCCGUUUCAGAUAUCACUUGUACUCCUGAUGGUUUUGUCUGGUCAUCAUGAUGAUAUUUUGUUAAUUUUAAUUUUUUUGUUUGUGGUUUUUAAAUUUUUAAUAUCAA